CUUUUUCACAAAUUUGAAAUAAUAUAAAAUAUAAAAUACAAAAAUGAGUUCUAAAAGUAGUAUCUGAUUUUAAUGAAUUAAAUAUCUCUGAUAAAAACUCUAUUUCUGCAAAUAUUAAUCAUGAUAAUUGUUACGACCCAGCUAAUAAUAAAAUUUGGUGUAAAGAAUGUGUUCCUCGUUGCAUAAUUGAAGGGUGGACCAGCAGUGGAAAUGAUGAUAUUGAUAAUCUUAUCAAGGAUUCGAUUUAUAAUGCAAUUAGACAUCGUUAUCCUGGUUGUCCAUCAUUUCUUGAAUGGGUUCCAUUUGAUAGAUUUAAAGAUAUGAAACAAAUAGGUGAAGGUGGAUUUGCAAAAGUGUAUUCUGCAACUUGGAUUGAUGGUGAUGCAAAAUACAUUAAACAAGGUGAUGGAAAUUGGAUAAAAAGAGAACCUGAAUCCAUACAAGUUGCUUUGAAAAAGCUAAAUGGAUCACAAAAUAUGUCAGCUGAUUAUUUAAAUGAGCUUAAAACGCAUUGGAAAUUAAAUUGUUUACAAGAUGAUUCUUUAAAAUUUUAUGGAAUAUCUAAAGACCCAGAAACUGAAGAAAUUAUAAUGAUCAUGCAAUAUGCAGAUGGUGGAAAUUUGAGAAAUAUUCUUUCAAGUAAUUUUAAAAAAACUUUAUGGAAUGGGAAAAUUAGAUAUUUAUCGGAUUCAGCAUUUGACCUUAAAAAUUUACAUGAAUUAGGAUAUUUUCAUAAAGAUUUUCAUAGUGGAAAUAUAUUAAGUAUUGGCGUUAAUUCUUAUAUUUCAGAUUUUGGAUUAUCUAGACCAUCAAAUGAACAGAAAUCAUCAGAUAGUAAUAAAAUAGUUGGUGUGUUGCCAUAUAUUGCUCCAGAAGUUUUAAAUGGAGAACCAUAUACAUUAUCUUCUGACAUUUAUAGCUUUGGUGUAGUUAUGGCUGAAUUAUCAUCUGGAAAANACUUAGCAUUGGAAAUAUGUAAUGGACUCAGACCAAAAUUUGGAAAAGGAACCCCUGAAAUUUAUAAGAAAUUAGCUCAUAGAUGUAUGAAUGCUGAUCCAAAUCAAAGACCAACAGCCAAUGAAUUAGGUGAAAUAUUAGUUUGUUGGAAUAAUUAUGCGAAUGGUUACUAUGAUUAUGGUAAUGAAAAUGAAAAAUAUGGUUAUAAAAGAAAGGAAGUUAAAGCUGUAUUUGAUAAAGCUGAUGAAGAGAUACCAAAUAUUUCAGCCUUGCAUGAAAAAGAUCCUGAUGCUAUUUACACUAGUAGAGCAUUUACAUUUAAAAAUUUGUCAAAGCCCAUUAAUUCAUCUUUUAUUGCUACUACAUAUCUUGAUAAUAAAGAUUGUCAAGAUUCUCAAUUAAUUGACUUAGAAGUUCCUAGUACGUCAAAAUUAGAGGAUGGUGAUAGCGAUAACUAAAUAAAAAUUUCGUAACUAUAUAGAUGUUAAUUUUUUUAUUUAUUUACGAUAAAAUUAAAGAAAUAAUCACCUUUAUGAAUAUAUCAAGUUUAUUAUUUAAUUAAAUACUAGUUAUAUUGUAUUGAAGAUAUUUGUAAAAGGGGUAAUUCGUCUUGUAAUAAACACUACAAAAGAAUGUUAAAAACUUAUCUGGAUUUUUACUAU